CGAUAUUACCCGAUGAGAAUGCAAUUGCUUGAUGGCUACAAAGUAUGUUGCGCAGUCCCUCUUACCUUGGAAACACGCCAUAGAUUAAUAAUAUGGCCUCCCCAAUUGAUCCAAUGUUGAAAACCUACUCUCUACCUGCUCCGCAGGUGUCCAAGAAACUGUUCCCAAUUGCUGGAAUCCUUUGCUCCGUCUAUGGUCUGGAUGAACUCCCUAUGCAAGCUAAGGAGGUAUCAUGUCUAUACCUCAUGCACCCACGACUAAGCACGGCAGAUUCAAUGGAAGGCUUUGCGUGCCAUGCUAUUGCAGAUUGGAACAACAGACUGCGGGAGGGGCGAGUGUCCGUAAGCCAGCAAAACAGGGGUCUAAUUGCGGUAGCAUUUGACCAACGGAAUCAUGGAUCGAGACUCGUUGACAAGCUGUCAAACUGCGCUUGGAAGGAGGGAAAUCCUAAACAUGCACAGGAUAUGUUUGCUACGUAUCAGGGCACGGCUCGUGAUGUCUCCCUCUUAAUAGACUUCAUGGACGCCUAUGCCUUCCCGGAUGCCUCACGCAAAAUCACAACUAACCUUGCCCUCGGUGUCUCUCUCGGUGGCCACUCAGUAUGGAGCUGCCUCCUACACGAACCCCGAGUCACUAAUGCCGUCAUCAUCAUUGGCACCCCAGACUACACAAGCCUAAUGACUGAACGUGCCAAACUCUCCAAACUAUCCUCUUGGAAAGAUUCCACACCGCCAGGCUCCCAAUUCCUCGGCUCCGAAUCCUUCCCACAGUCGCUCAUGGAUGCCAUCAGGAAAUACGAUCCUGCUAGAUUCUUCCUGAGCCAGCUGGGCGACCCUAUCGUCUCAGAACCCAUGCUCCAUGGCAUCCUUCCCGAACCCACCGAUCAUGAAAAGAAAGUCAUCGGCCCACUCAUAACACGGUGUCUACAGGGGAAAAGAAUCAUGCUGAUCUCUGGUGGCGAUUUCGCCAGGCGGGUGGUUUGCCAAUGGAGCUGUGACGUUAGAGGAUCUCAUAUUUGAAGACGCGGGACACGAGGUUACCCCCGCGAUGAUGGAGCAGGCAAUUCGGUUUAUUGGGGAAACCCUUGCAACGUGCGCUGAGAGCGCGCAGCCCAAGGUGCUCACGUCGAAGAUAUAGAAGAGCCACGUCUAGUGUUUUGUUCUCUGUUUCCUAGAUUAACAUCGCUGACACGCAUACACACAGGUGUCCGCGAUGAUUCUUUUGUAGUACCCUAGGAGACGAUAUCCACGUUCCUGUAGGUAAUGAACCUUUGAGAAUGGGACAUUUGAAAUAAAUUCAAUCGGAUUUCUCCAUCUACAAUCCAUUGAUGUCAUGUCAGCGGCGCGUGCAUAUAGACACAGUUCCUUGUCAGACACAACCAAAAAAGUAGCUUUGAAAAGAAUGGAAUCAGUUGUUUUUCAUUCCACUUGAGGUAUUCUAUCUUAUAUCGUAGUUUUUUUUCCUUUUGCCCCUUUUUUAAUAGGAAAGGAAUUAAAGCUUUAAGUUUUCGAAUGCACCAUGAUAGAACCCUUAUGCUCCAGCCCAAUAUCUUUCGCACUUUGGCAUAUGGCGGAAUAACGGCAACCUUGGUGCUUUCCGAAGAAGUGAUCCGUGACACAAAGUCUUUUGAUUCUUUUCUCUUUCGUGAAAAGUAUCAAGCCUGACACUGCUCUAACAGGCCUUGACACAAAAAAAGAAUAGAAAAUUACAUGCGUUUAAAAAGACCACCCUUAACACCCAUUCAUUAUAAUUUGCGUCCAAAUCAAACAAUUCGCAUGCAACACACCAUGCACACAUCGUAUUUAUGCAACGAGCUCAGCAACACCACCAGCCUCUUUGAUCUUCCGCUCAGCCUCUUUGCUGAAGUAUCGAGCCCGAACAACAACUGGAAUCUCUGGGAGUCUGCCUUUGCCAAGGACCUUGGAGUAGCCGAGAGGGAGCAAGUCGAGAACGGGGGCGGUAUUGGGUUUCUGAUUUUUCACAUAGGCAUCACGGGUUG